CAUGCAUUACUAGCACACGGGGGUAAGUGACGCUCACUAAUUGGUGCACCACCCUAGCAACCUACAUAGAGGUUGGAUAGUUGUGGCUGAUAAUCACACUACCACUAAGCCAAUAUCAUUCUUCCGCCAUGAUUGAAACGGCAGACCUGUAACAGGGGUAAGACAUUGACAGAAACUGUCUAUCGCCCCAUGGGGUGUGCUGCUGGCAUUGCACAGAUACCUAUAGGAGGGCAGUGUCAGGGUGGUGUGUGAAUGUGAUAAAUCCACCCUUUGGUGGCAGAGUCAUGUGCCAGUGUGUGUACCAGGCAGUACACUGUGCCCCGCAGUGUGGCUCCUGACAAAGGCACUGACAGCCCGCGCCCGAUCACCAGGCAACAGGCCGACUCUCCCGAGCCGGAAACUAGCGUAAACCACGCCCAAGGAGGGCGCUGCCUGGCUUGUAGUGGGCGUGGUCAGCCGAUCUCCUUGACGCAAAACGCCGAGACUGCGCUGUAACGCCUACUGGAUCAGAUUAAAAACAUGGCAGACGGGCUGCCCAAAGAUGCCAAGGAGGCAGUGCUGAUGGCGAGCGAUUCUCUACCGGAAGGAACGCCGCAGAUCCGAGGAUACGAUUUCAACUGCGGGGUGAACUAUGAGGCCUUGCUGCAGACUUACAUCACAACAGGCUUUCAGGCCACGAGCUAUGGGCAGGCGGUGCGGGAGGUCAACAACAUGAUUGACACCAAGCUGUCGUCCCCUGGCGGAUGUACCAUCUUACUGGGGUACACGUCCAACCUGAUCAGCUCGGGAGUACGGGAGAUGAUCCGAUACCUGGCAGAGCACAAGAUGGUGGAUAUCAUUGUCACCACGGCUGGAGGUAUAGAGGAGGACUUGAUCAAGUGCCUCGCUCCUACUUACAUUGGAGACUUCAGCCUCAAGGGGGCAGAUCUGAGGCCACGGGGCAUUAAUAGGAUCGGCAAUCUCCUGGUUCCUAAUAAUAAUUACUGUCUGUUUGAGGACUGGAUAACGCCGAUAUUGGAUCAAAUGGUGCUGGAGCAAGACACUGAGGGGACUAAGUGGACACCGUCUAAGAUGAUCGCUCGCCUAGGAAAGGAAAUUAAUCACCCCGAUUCUGUAUAUUAUUGGGCCCAGAAGAACAAUAUUCCGGUAUACAGCCCGGCGCUCACAGACGGAUCCAUCGGGGAUAUGCUGUACUUUCACUCCUACAAGAACCCGGGGCUGAGGCUGGACAUCGUUGAAGAUAUUCGGCGGCUGAAUUCUUCUGUGGUUUUUGCUAAGAAGACGGGAAUGAUUAUUCUGGGAGGAGGACUGGUGAAGCAUCACAUCUGCAAUGCCAACCUCAUGAGGAAUGGUGCAGAUUAUGCUGUUUACGUGAACACGGCGCAGGAAUUUGAUGGGUCGGAUGCUGGAGCCAGACCAGAUGAAGCCGUAUCCUGGGGAAAGAUCCGCAUGGAUGCUAAUCCAGUUAAGGUAUACGCAGACGCCAGCCUGGUUUUCCCGUUGCUUGUUGCUCAGACCUUUGCACAGAGAAAAGCGGAGUUCUCCAGCAGGGAGAAAGGGCAGGACUGAGGAGGACGUUUCCACUAUGGUUGCACUCUGAAUGCUGCGCUGUUGGCUUCCAUCCUCUGCUUCUCCUCCACAGGAGUGUAAUGGACAGGAUCCAGGCGUGUUACCUUGUGCAGACAUACAGCGCUGUGUGCACAUAGCUCAACACACCGUGCAGCUCUCCCGCUCUGGGUGACCAGAGUAUCUUGGAGUUGGGCUCCUCUUAGAACGUGAAGAGCCGUCAUACAGUAACUCUUCACCUUUAGCAGCCACUGUAAAUUAAAGGGGUUUUGCCAUUCAGCCAACUUUUCUCCUGGCAGGAGUACAGGAGGUAAGUGACUGAUCACCGGGAGUCUGACUGCCGGGACCCCCACUAUUGCCAGAAUAGGGGUUCAUACUCCUGCUUUGACUGGAGCUGAGUACAAGCUCUUGGCUAUGUCUGGUACCCCCAUAGAGCUGACUGUAGGGGAGCAUGGAUCCUGGUUCUCAUGAUUGGCUGUCGGACCACCCCACCGAUCAGACACUUAUCCCCUAUACAAAGGUUGUCUUAAUGGGACAACCCCUUUAAGUAAUGUUAUCUAUUGAAGUUGUAGCUGUCUGCAUGUAUGUGGGUUAGGGGUAUAGAAAUAAGAGAUUGUUAUCAAACUGUAACUGUUUUUAUUUUUUCUAAAAUACAAAAAAAAAGAAAAAUAUACAGUGUCAUUGGGAUCCACUGCCGGCGUCCUCCUCAGGGGGCUCCCCCUGCCAAACCUGGACUUCUCCCUCACUGGCGGUUAGGAGACAUGGCUCAGUGGGAUGAUAGGACAGCGACUGUACGACUCCUUUACUGACCGGGAGCUGGAGUGUGAGGGAACCCUGCAGGAGAGAGACCACAAGACGUCACAAAAUAGCAAGACCUGGUGCAAACGCUGCCGCUCUGCGGUCAAGAACCCGGGGGCAUAAAGCUGAUGCCAGGGGUGAAUCGUCCACCCUCCAUUAGCAUACCUAGAGUGACCUAAGGUCUAAAUCAGUGCCUCUCUCUCCACCAUUCACCUAUGUCAUGGGUUCUGGUGGUAAAGUGCUACGAGUUAGUUUGCUUUCUGAGGAAGCUAGACCCAACCAGGCUUCCGUAGUCAGAUGAGGGGAGAGAUCAGCAUUAAGUAUGAGCAGAUCGAUUAGUCUCAUUAGCAGGACUUCUUCACCUGUCCCCCAUGGGUGCUCAGUGACAAUCUGGGUGUGGAAUCUCAAACUUGGCUUUGGGAGCAGAGAAUGCGCCUGCACUGCUACCUGGAAGUAUAGUGGCACAUGAGCUGUCAAUGCUCCUGAAGCACAAUUUGAGCUCUGGUGGAGCAGCUAUCAGC